UUGUUUUUUAUUUCUCUUUUUUGUGUGUUUGAGUUUAUGUUCACGAUCUUAUUAAACGUGAGGUGCUGCACGUUGGUAGUUUUCAAGCCAAUUGAUUUGUUUCUAUUUUCAGUUGUCUUUUUUUAAUAAUUUUAACCAUCUGACUCAACCAUGAACAAAGCUAUUUUGAUGCGAACAACGUAACUUGAGUAUUGUUCAAUAAUUACACUUAAAAUACGGAGUCGAAAGUAGAACAUUCGUUGCGUAAUGCUACCCAACCGUGACAAAAUACCUAAUCGCUAUUGACUCUAUUAUAUCAGUUUCAUGAAAAUUGUGAUCACUGAAAUUUUGAACACAUUCUAACAACAGCAGGUGAAUGCGAGUGUUGGAUCUACUGUUCUAGUCAUACGAGUUUGUGGAAAUGCACAUGGAUAAAGUGUCGUUACAAGCGUCUUGCAUCUUGUUUGUGUUGAUAUGGAACUCAGUGUUAGCAAACACAACACAAGGGGUAGAAAUAGAACAAACGCACGUGCGCACGUGGUCGCGCUGGUACAACACCGACAAACCUACUUCCAAUGAUGAGGAGGAUGAAAGAGUCAUUAGUAUACGCAAGCGCGGAUAUCAGAUCUGUGACGGGAAUGCGCCCAUUGACGUCUUGUGCCGCGCGAAGAACAGUCCCCAUCUGCUGUUUAACGAGGAGAGUGCGCACCUCUCACCGGAUAUCCUGUACGUGCGAUGCACGACGGAGGGGCUUCUGUGCAGAGCGGACGAUCAAACGGACUCCCGGAAGUGUUUGGACUAUCAGAUCCGCUUUGAGUGUUUAUCCGUGCUGGAGCCCAUGCUUCCCCCAAACCUUGGUGUGAUCGGUGUGGCGGCGGGAUUGUCCGUCAUCAUCCCCAUCCUGUGCGUUGCUAUAAUGCACGUAGUGCGAGUCUGCCGGGGCCGCAGCAUCCAAAGCCAGCAGAGCGCAGCCACGGAAAACGCUGAGCAGUCCGUCCAGACCGACAAUAGCAACCUCCCACCUUCCUACUCUUUCUUGUUUGGAAACGAUCCGGAUCUCCGCGUUAGUGACGUUAACGGAAAUGACGUACCGGGUGGCGGCAAUAGCGAGGCUCAUUUAGAACAAGGACACGUCAACGAUGGAAGUGUUUCAGUGAAUCUUAUCACGCCGCCUCCAGUGGACGGUUCCCAAGGCCGUCUUAGCAGCGGCAGUCUGCCUGACCUUGGGGAGUACCGGAACUCUGUCCAGGCGGACAGGACAUCUCAGGGACCCGCCCAGCCGCGCAGCUCAACAUGGCGUGCGCAGUUUCCCAACAUGCACUUAUCACUUUUUGAACUAUUCCGGUGGCCCUCCAUUCAGGAACCCACGUCCCCGCAAUUCCCCGAUCUCAGUUACGUUCAGACGCCGCCGCCCACAUACAAGGACGCUAUUGAUUUAUUAGCACUGAGCAAAAAAACGCCAAGUAGCACAGAUACAACCAUUGAUCUCGAAAAUACACAAGAAAAAUAUGAGCCCCCAUCCUAGGUGUUUUCGAACAACUUCAUAAAUUAUAUAUGUUUACUUUAUAUUUGUAUGUAACUAAUCUAUACUUGCGAUUUAAACGGUUUCUUGUGUCAUGUAUAUUUAUAUAAAUAUAAUUUUGUGCUAAAUUGUAAUUUUCAUUGUGUGCUGAUCUGUAUUUUGUGAUUGAUUAUUUCUGUGAUUCUGAAAUAAUUUUAUUUUUUGUUGUAUCAAUAAGAUUUAUUUACACACGAUUUAUAUAUUUUAAUUACAUGUAUAAAAACUUACGUAUUUUUGUCACGGAAAAUACGUUUUCGUAUCUCAAGUGCCUUUCAUCCUCGUGCUUUCAAAUAGACCAAAUACCUCAGUGAUAAAUCUUAACUGCCAUAUUUCGACAAACUUAAACAAACGUGUUUACAGCGUGACACGUUUACGUUACGUAUUUUGCCGAAAGGAGGAUUGUCAAGUCCGUUUGUGUUCGGCUGCGGUCGGUGUGUGAGAGCGUUUGUAGGCUUGGUUGAUUAUUUUUUGCUCAGUUUACAUUGGUAAACAGAUGUGCAAUAUUACUUCAGUAAUCUCAUUUAGAAGUGCUUCAUUAUACAGGACUAUGCUUCAUCAUUCACGAUGUUUUCAUCUCAUCAUUUAAAAAACCCAUUGUGGUAUAGAUCUGUAUUUGUCAAGAGAGAUAUAUUGUGUUAAAACUCUGUUUAUAUGGUUUAACGUUCAGGUUGUUUUUGUUUAUUAGUUGUGCUGAUUUAUGUACAGUGCACCUAUAAAGCGUGCAAUGAACGACUCUGUUAAAUGAAUGUCGUGUUUAUGUAUAUACCUUAAAUUACGCAUGUUUCCAUUCAAAAUGUGAUAACA